AAUGAUUAUAUUUGCCACUAUUUGAUCCCUUCUACGUGCUGCUGGCUGGCCGCCGUCGGCGCCGGGCUGCUCAAGACGGAGGAGAUCUUGGAAGGCGUGGCACGGCUCCGCAUUUCCAACGACAUCGAAUUUGAGGAGACCUUCAUCGAUAUGAUAAGAGCGGCAAAAGAGAAACGAGUAAAUCUCAAGGCUCCAGCUCCGCAGAUACCCAUGGAGACACAGGCGGAGAAGGCCCUGGAAGCCAUCUACGUCUGCUGCUUCGGGCAGGACAUGGUCGAGGAAGAGGACGAGAAGCUCCUCCGCACCAUACUCAACGCGGUCUUCCCGUCCGUCAGGAGGUCGGCGAUCGAGAGGAUGGUGGCGUCCAUGGCCAAGCAGGUGGCCUCCGGCGAGAGGAAGCAGGACGGGAAGACCGUGUCCAAGGAAGUUCAGCAGCGGCAGCUCAAGAACCUGGAGUUUCUGAAACAGAAUAAGCUGGACUCGUCAUGAGCAUCGAGCCGCAGAAAUUUGUCAUAGAAGACAGUGUAGUCCAGCAUCACAAAUUAGACGGCAUGUUUAAUUUGGCCGAGGUUGAUUCAGGUAUCGACGAAGUUCAUAGUUGUAGGAAGAACAAUUGAACAAGGCAGAUGCAGUGUGGUUUUUACUAUAGGUGCUAGGAGGAAUCAGCCAGGAUAGCUUACA